GGCAACCCUACGCCCAGCAAACAGAACUGUGGUUUUUCGUGGAUUUGCCGGGGAAAAAAAUAAUUAUGAUAAUGGUGGACCAGCACCAAUUGUGGCUGCUGAGCCACAAAUUAAGAGUGGCUUGUUAGUUGUAACGACAGAUCUCAGAUCGCAAGUGGUUAAUCAUCUUUUGCAAAACUCUAGUUUUGAAGCGGCGUGGUGGUUCUCCGUAACAGGCGAACAAUUUCGCCUUAGCGGUGACGCAUACGUACUUCCGCACCCAUCACACUCAUUACUCGCAGUUUUCCCAUCAAAAACCCUCGCAACAAACUACUUUACUCCACCAACUCCAGAAUUUAAUUGGGAAGCGGAAAGAAUACGAUUCUGGCAUAAAAUGCCAGCUGAACUACGCGCGUUUUAUACACGUCCAACACCAGGAACUCCAAUUAAAGAACAAGAAGAGGAUAAUUAUUUGGAAAAGUUGUCAGCUGUUGGAGAAACAGAGUCUGAAAAAGAACUGGUGAAAAAAGCUUUGGAAAAUUUCGCAUUGAUUGUUAUGAAGGCAAAUGCAGUUGAUUACUUACAGUUAUACACGACUCCAAAUAAACGUACGAAAUGGCUUUUUGAUGAAACUACCAAUCAGUGGGAAUCGUUCAAAGUUUUUCCAUAA